AUGGGAGAACGAGAAAAGACAAGUCGGCAACGAACAACGCAUUUAACUGGCGAUAAAAUGGAAGAAGAAAAAAUGCCCAAAAUAUUGCAACAAACAAAUAUUUCACAAAUGAUAUGGGAAGUUGGCAGUCGGCAAGUUAAGGAGACAUUCAACACUUAUGGUCGUAUUGAUUUAUUUCGACCAUAUUUUGAUGUCGAACCGCGACAAGUUCGAAAUCGACUAAUUCAAUCGCUUAUUCCAAGAAAACCUUCACAAAUGACAGCUUCAUUGGAUUUGUAUGGUCCAUCAAUGAUUGUUUUGACACUUGUUGCUUUGCUACUCUUUUCAAUGAAAAAAUCGGGAUUUACCGUCGAAGAUGGUACUUUGAUUGGCACUGCGAUGUUUUCUUGUUUUAGCGCAUGGAUUUUCUUUUCACUGAUUUUAUCAUCUUUAUGCUACAUAUAUAACUCGGAUGUAUCAUCUAUUCAUAUUUUUUCUCUCUGCGGUUAUUCAUUGUUCAGCCAUUGUAUUGUGAUAUUUUUAACGACUGUUUUUCAUCCUUCACAUUCGCAUUUGUUUUUUUAUUUUUUGAUGUUUCAAUUCUGUGUACCUUCGGCACUUCGCGUUAGUUUAUAUUUAUGUUCGAAAACAAGGGAAAAACUGCAUAAGCUCAUAUUAGCAGCUGCAAUUUUUAUUUUACAUCUCAGCUACUUGUGUUAUCUUCAUUUCGGUUUUCAUGCCGUCGUUGAAGGUCUGCUUGUUUGUAUUACUUCCAUUUUUUUGUUUUUUGGGUUUGAGAUGCCAUAA